UUACACUCACUACACUCGUAUAUAAGUUGGAACGCAGAAAUGGUGUGACAAGUGAAAAUUCUACUAUAAUCGCAGUUACAGUAAAAAAAUAUUAAAAAUGACCAAAUUAGCUUGUUUUCUUUUUUCAACGAUGGUUAGUUUUUCUUUCGCUCAACCAAUAGAACAGGGACCAACGUUAAAGCCAACACCAAGUGAAAUACUUUAUCGUAUUGGUGAUAGAACAAAACCACUUGUUCUAGAGUGUGCUACGGAAAAAGGGGAAUCCAAUGUUCAAUUUUCGUGGAAUAAAAAUGGCAAACCCCUGCAAAUGAAUCCAAACGUUAUUCAACAAGAAAACGAAGGAACAUUAGUUUUCCUUCAGCCGACGACCGACGAUUCUGGCGACUACCAGUGCUUCGGUAAAUCAGAGGCCGGGGUCGCUAGCACUAGAACAAUAUCAGUUAAGCCCACUUACAUCAAUGCUCCUGAAGUCAAAACUGUAACCCACAAGCCUAUCGAGGGAAGACCUUUCAAAUUGGAAUGCACCAUCCCAGAUUCUUAUCCGAAACCAGAAAUUAAAUGGAUGUAUCAAUUCAAAACUGAUCCAAGCAUAUCCCAUUCGGUAUUGGAUAAACGCAUAACUCAAUCUCCUGAUGGCACCCUGUGGUUUUCAAGCGUCACCAAGGAAGACACCCAUGAAAACUUCAAAUACGUUUGCCUUGCUAAGACUCCAGCAUCGGAUGAUGAUAUUGUGCUUGCGGAGCACAUCAUCGAAGAUGUUGUUCCCGAUAACAGUCCACGUGAUGCAGAAUUAGAGGAACAGUAUGUUACAGGAGAUAUCGUGGCUAAAAAGGGCGAUGUUACGAUGAUCUACUGUAUUUAUGGUGGAACACCUCUCACUCCUCCCGACUGGUACAAAGAUGGUAAGAAUAUGAACGGCGAACCCAAAGACCGUGUGACGAGGUACAACAGGAGUGCUGGCAAGCGUCUCCUCAUCAGGGACACGUGGCUCGAAGACGAGGGCGAUUACACGUGCAUCGUCGACAACGAAAUCGGACAACCGAAGAAGCAUAACAUGCAUCUUACAGUGAUCAGUAAGUAUAGAAACUACAGCACCACGACUCCAUAUUACUACGGGAAUUGUCGUUUUUAUAAAUGUGAUAAAGUAAUUAAUGUGAUGCUGGCACUUCACAUGGCUAUUUGUAUUUGCCAUUGGCUAUUUGUUGUAUUUGGCAACAUUAUUGACGAAUACGCAAACAAGCAAAUAAAGGCAAAUACGAUCUUCCACACAUGGCCGUCAAAUAGCAAACUUACCUACGAAUAA